GAUUUAUAGUUAUUUUGCAAAUUCUGACCUUGUACAACAAUGAAUUUAUAAAAUAUGUGUCUAGUCUUAACGAUAAGGCUGCACAAAUUUAGCCAAUUUUGUCGUAAAAAGUCGGUUCAAUUUAUAGUAAAAUGUUUUUACUACUAACAUUCGUUUCCUACCUUACUGAGUCACUGGGGGUGACAAUAGACCCCAACUGUGACUAUUUUCAAAACAUUCAACUUGGUCAGGAAUAUUUUAUUUAUAAUAAAGAAUAUCCCAAUAAUUAUGGGCCUUCAACUGCUUGUCGCUGGUCAGCUACUAGUCCUGAAAACACCGUUAUUGUCUUAACUUGUAACGACUUGAACAUCCCUUCUUCACCCAACUGCCAAACCGACAAACUACUGUUUUCACUCACUGGAAAGGAAAAUUUCGAAGACGGCCAACAAUAUUGUGGCAACAGCAUUUUCAGUACAUACACACAAAGCAAUUCGUUAUCAGUUGGUCUGUUUUCAAAUGAAAACAGUCCCGGUGGUGUGUUUGUUUGUUCUUUGGCAGCUAUGCGCUUGCCGGAAUCUGGUGGCUGUUCCUGCGGUUUGCAACAGGAAACUAAAAUUGUAGGUGGGCAAGAAACCGGAGUCAAUGAGUUUCCCUCAAUGGCAGCUUUAAUUAAUCCUUCGACUAGUGAAGCUUUCUGUGGAGCUUCGUUAAUUACGGAUAACUACGCCUUAACUGCAGCUCACUGCCUCCUGAAUAAUGAACCUAAUAAUUUAGCCUUGUUGGUGGGAGAUCAUAAUUUGAACACUGGGUCAGACACUGCAACAGCGGCUUUAUAUCGUGUGCAAAGCAUCGUCCGACAUCCCUCAUACGACUCUCAGUCUAGACACAACGACAUCGGAGUCGUCAAAACUGAGCAAAAAAUUGAAUUAAAUGCUGCCGUUUACCCCGUGUGUCUUCCAUUCUACUACGGUGGAGACAGCUUCGUAAAUCAAAAAGUUACAGUUUUAGGUUGGGGUUUCACCGAUGUUUCCGGACAGAAAGCAGACGCUUUACAAAAGGUUGACCUAACGGUUGUUGAUAACAACUAUUGUGAUUCCCGCAUAGACGAAGAAAUUUGGUCAACUCAAAUUUGUACGUACACUCCUGGCAAAGACUCGUGUUUCAGUGAUUCUGGGGGUCCACUGCUCUGGAAAGGUUCCACUUCUCAAAGUGGUAAACUAGAAUUGGUUGGGAUUAUUUCCUACGGAGUUGGGUGUGCAACUUCAAGACCAGCCGUGAAUACAAGAGUUACAGCUUUCUUGUCAUGGAUUGUUUCAGUAUGCAGCGAUGCUGCUUUUUGUAUUCUUUAGAUGCCAAUGUAGAUUUUGUAGGUUUUGGUAAAAAUAUACAAUAUCAGACAAA